AGCUCAAACCUGUGUUGUGGGUCGGGUGCCUCUGCCUGUGCGUGACAAACGGCACAGGUUUCUGUUUGGUUAAUACUCGGUUUGUUUUUCUCUUUUCAGUCUUAGCUUGAACAUACUUUUAGGUGUUUCCGUUUAUUUGUUUACGUCUUCUUCUUCUUCUGCUGACGACGAGGAGGACUUCUCUUUGAACUCAAUAUGCAGCUCACAACUUUCACUAGCCGAUAUUCAGUGCACACGAGUGGCUGACAACAGUGGAGGACUGUGUUUUUGUUUAAUGAAACAUUUGAAGAGGAGACACCUGCUAACUACACCUGCCUGCAUACCUGCUGUGGACUCCGCGCUGCUGCAUCGCUUCUCUGCUCCUGCUUCAACAUAAUGCAGAGGUCGGGAAGAAAAGCUUAAAAACAACAGAUUUAAGAAGAAGAAAGCUUUUUAUUCAAGCCUUUUUUUUUUUUUUUUUUGGUUAAAAGAUGGAGUUAAGGAGUCUCGCGCUGCUUUUGCUAAUUGUGGUGUGUGUUCAGAGUGUGUUCGUGGAGCCUCCUCAGCCCGCCACCUCUCUGCUCUCUAUGGCCGAGAGUCAGACCAGACUGCCCUGUCGAUACCAGGUGGAGGCAGGGGAGAAGGUGGUGCAGGUCACCUGGUACAAGGACCUCCCGGACGGCAGCAAGGACAUGAUCAUUACCGCUCACUUCACAGACGGGCGGAAAGAGUUCGGGCGUUACGCCGGCCUAGUGAGGUUUGAGGGAGGGACUCCCACGGAGAACUCGGCUCUGCUCAUCCCCAGCACAGAGGAGUCGGACGAGGGCAGCUACACCUGCCACAUCUCCACCUUCCCCAACGGGAACUUUGAGCGGCAAAUCUCACUCACCGUCUGGAUUUUACCCAUCUCGUCCCUGGAGCCGGUUCUCCUGGUGGAGGGCCAGUCGUUCCGUUUGGCCGCUUCCUGUCGAGCUGUAGGCCGCCCGCCUCCCCGCCUCUCCUGGGACACCGACCUGCCGGGACAGUCUUCGAACCGCACCACUGCGGGCGGCUCCGUGUCCAGCUACUACUCGCUGCACCCUCUGCGCAGCAUGAACGGGAAGAAGCUGGACUGUUUGGUGUGGCACCCCGGACUGGAGCAGCCACGCAGGCUCUCCAACAGCCUGGUGGUUCAAUACCCUCCAGAUGUCACUAUCUCUGCUGGUACAGAUGACUGGUUUGCAGGUUUGGAGCGAGCCGAGCUGAUGUGCGGCAGCGGAGGAAACCCAAAACCUGACAACAUCACCUGGACACGGAGAGGAGGAGCUUUGCCGGACGGGGUGUCUGUGAUUGGCGGGAGACUUGUGUUUGGGCGGGCCCUCCUCCUGAAUGACAGUGGGGUCUAUGAGUGUGUGGCCAGGAACAACGUGGGAAAAGGAAAAACAGAGUCAUUGACAGUAACAGAGAAAUCUCAACAAAAGUCACUCUUGGACAACCAGCUGCUGAUCAUAAUUGGAGCCUCAGCUGGAGCUUUGGUCAUGGUGCUGAUCAUUGUAGUCCUGCUGGUCAACCGAUACCACCGACUCCGUAACGAGAAGCUCGAGAGGCAGCUCAGUGAAAAAACGGAGGAAAUGAACAGCUUCUCCAGACAAGCAUCCCUCAGAAGAAUCAAUUCUGUGAGCACAGACCCCAGAGUGCCGGCGGAAGAUUACGCCAUGCUCAGAGUAGAUAGCCGAAUGAAAAACAGUGAAAUGUCUCUGGAGCGGCCCAUGUACAAAGGCAGCCAGUCCACUCUGGGUGGGAAGUGGGGGCCUGCAGGAGGGGUGGAGGUGGAUGAACUGGGGCGCCCCGUCGUCUGGCACGACGGCAGAGAGAGCCUGCGAGUAGCGGAGAUGGACGGAGAGAAGGAGGAGCGCAGGAGGAGGGUGGAGUCGUACCUGAAGAGCAGCAACAUGUCACUGGACUCAGGUCUGCCCUCUUCCCUGGUUCCUCUGAAGGCCCAGCAGGAAGACGGCAUCGAGCCCAGAGAACCAGAGCUGGCGCACCCCAGGGAGGGAGAGUCCCCGCCUGAGGAGGAGUGGGUAAACAUCCAGCCUCCAGAGGAGGAACGAGAUGAUGGCGAUGAUGAAGACAGCAGCUCCUAUCAGAUCUCUGAGGCGCUGACAAAUCACUUCUACUACAGUAACGGGGUCCUGAGGCCCAGACCACACUCCAAUGCCAUCCUGCUGCACCCCAGAGGACAGAUCAUCUAGAGCACAGACUCUUAUCCAAAACAUGAGAGAGGGAGAGAGAAGUCGGUCUGCAUUCCUGCACAGAGACCUCAAUGUACAGCCGUUGUGUUGUGUGCACAGCGACCGCAGUGGGUAACUUACCCAAAAACUAGCCGAACUUUGAUUAUUUUUCACCUCAGUUUUUUGAGUUCACAAACACUAUCCAAUCAUUUAAAAUUGUGAAGUUUAAUAUUAUUGAGGCAUGUUGUACCUUUGGAAGCUCACAAACAGUUGAGAUUUCUGAAAGCAAGAAAAAUCGGGGAAUGAGGAGGAAAGAGAUAUGACGAUGAUGCCACACCGCAGAUAGGAUCAAGGUUGUUGCUCAUGGUCAUCAAUCAGCCCUAUGAUUAGAUAUCUUCUAAUUUCAUUUUUUUUCUAAAAUCCACUGAUGGAGAAUUAGAUGCCAAGCAACCUCUUCCUUCCACUUACUGUAAGGAUAAAGGGCCCUGUUACAAUGUGUGUACCAUAAAACGUUGUAUCCACUGCUUUUGCUAUCUUACAUAUGGACAUUUUUUUUUUUUUACAAAAGAGGUGUUCAAAAAUCCUGCCAACUUAAGAGUUCCUUGUUUACAUCAAAGACAUAUCCAAUGUGUUGACAAGUUAAGGGUUAAAGGUCACAUACUAUACUAAUUUACAAAAUGUUUAAAUAAGUCUCAGAGCUCCCCAAAAACAUGUCUGUGAAGUUUCUUGUUCUAAAUCCACU